CAAACACAUCAUUCCAAAUACGAACGCUUUACCGAUGCAAACCAAGCAUCUAAAAUGGCAAAGAUAGAAAGUGAUAACGGUGAUGUUGAUAUUAACAUGAACGGCAAUGCCUGGGAGAAUGUCAUCGACAUAGAGGACGAUAUGAUGAAGAAAUCGGCCAACGAUGUAGUGGACACGGCCCGGAAGGCUUUCGUGGCGGGCAAGUCACGCUCGCUGAACUUCCGGAAGGACCAGCUGAAGAGAUUUUUGGUGUUUUUGGAGGAGGAAAAAGAUGGCAUGGUUAAGGCGUUGCAUAAGGCACGAAACUGAAACAUGUGAAAUAGAACUGGUGGCAAACGAUUUAAGACAUACAUUAAUGGAGUUGAAAGAAUGGGCAGAACCGAAAUCGCCUGAAAAAAGACUUAUAAAUAUCUUGGAUGGCGUUUAUAUUUACAAAGAUCCUUAUGGGGUUGUUCUAAUUAUAGGAGCUUGGAAUUAUCCUAUUUUGCUAUCAUUGGGACCAGUUGUAGGUGCUAUAGCUGCCGGCAACACAGUAAUUUUAAAACCAUCUGAACUAUCUCCUCAUACUGCCCAUUUUAUAGCCACUGUAUUGACAAAAUAUUUGGAUCGAGAAUGCUUUCAAGUAUACUUAGGAGGAAUUGAAGAAACAUCAAAUUUGCUGGAACAAAAAUUUGACUAUAUAUUCUUCACCGGAUCUACACAAGUUGGAAAAAUUGUUCAUCAAGCUGCUGCCAAGAAUUUGACACCGUGUACUUUAGAAUUAGGCGGAAAAAGUCCUGUGUACUUAGACGAAACUGCAGACAUGGAAAAAGCCACAAGAAGAAUCCUUUGGGGCAAGCUCCUAAAUAGUGGCCAAACUUGCAUUUCUCCUGACUACCUUCUUUGUUCAAAAGAAACUGAAAAAAUAUUUUUACAAAAUGCUAAGAAAAUCCUUACAGAAUUCUACGGUUCUGAUCCUAAAAACUCAACUUAUCUAAGCAAAAUAGUUACCGAGCGACACUUCAAAAGAUUGAUAGAAUUUAUAAAACCAGAAAACAUUGCAAUCGGAGGAAAAAUUAACGUUGAUGAAAGAAUAAUUACACCUACUAUUUUGAUUAACGUGGACCCAAAUGAUCGCGUUAUGCAAGAAGAAAUUUUUGGACCAAUUCUGCCAAUAGUUAAUGUAAAGAACUAUCAAGAAGCCAUAAAAUUUAUAAACGAAAGAGAAAAACCACUUGCAUUGUACAUUUUCACUAAAGACAAAGAAGUUAGAAACUCUAUACUUACACAAACUUCUUCUGGGGGAGCUGCUGUUAAUGAUACAGCCACUCAUCUUAUAACAGAAAAUCUACCAUUCGGUGGCGUAGGAUUUAGUGGCAUGGGUUCCUACCACGGUCGGCAGGGUUUCGAUACUUUUUCACACAAGAAGAGCGUGUUGAUUAAAGAUUUUGGGGGGUUCACGGAGUUAGCUUUGUCUUUGCGAUAUCCUCCGUAUAAUGAUGCCAAAACCACUAUAACGAACGCUAUUCUAAAAAAGAGAAAGGGCAUUCCUACGGAGUAUAUAAAAAAUGCUGGAAUAUUUUCUGUUGGGUUUGCUUGUUCUUAUAUGUUUCAUUUUAUGUGGUGUCUGAUAGACGGUUGCAAGUGUUAAUAUUUUAAUUACUAACGAAGAGAUUUUACAUUACUAAUAUUACAAAAAUUCUCAUUUAAAAAAAUCGCUUAUUGUUACUAAUUAUUUGACUUUAAACCGGGAUAUUCUGUAUUAGUUAAAAAUCUAUACAGGGGAGCUACAUCUAUGCAUCAAAGUUCUAAGGCUUCUCAAUUAAAUAAUAUAGAUGCACUAUUAGAAAAUGAGUACCUGAUGAAAGUCGAUAAAUAUAUACAUAUGAAUGUAAUAUUUAAGAGGAGACACUAGACAAGAAAUAAAAAAUCAUAACCAAGACAAAUAAAUGACAUGGAAGAAAUAACGGAUUGUGGAAAAUAUGUUAUUUGGAUCUGGGAGUCAGGAAUACAAACAGAAACAAAUUAUUGGUCAUUAAAAUUAAUAAUUUUAUUAGGAUAUCGUCACUGGAGAAGAAUAAUAAUCUAUUAUAUACUUGAAUCAGGAAAUAAUAAUAGGAAUGUGUGGAGAAUGCUGUCUUCUGUAAUUGAUAUUAUGGCAUGGGAUCAAAAUUUCUAAUGACCCUUGAUUUGAAUUUUUUACAUAAGUAAUCAAAAAAGGAGUAGAGGGUUCUUUGCAACUAUGCCUGGCAAUAAAAUUUCAGUGUUCAAUAGAGCAAGAAUAGUGGCUUUGCAUGAUGUGGGUCUGCCGAAUCAUCGAAUCGCAGAUAGAGUAAGGAUUCCCCGCACUUUAGUUAUCCGAAUAGUGUGUUUGUACCAGGAAACUAACAGCGUUGACUGGAGACGUGGGACUGGGCGUCCUAAGGUAACUAAUCUAAGAGAAGAUCGGUAUGUAGCAGGUUAUGUACGUCGGAAUCUAACCGUAACAGUCUCAGCUAUCCGAACUCAUUUUAGAAGAACGUAUGGUCGAUUCAUUUCCAGUACCACAAUACGGCGGAAAGUUGCUGGAACUAAUUUACGAUUUAGGAGAUCAUUAAGAGUACCCAGGUUACUUCCCAGACAUAUAACUGCUCGUCUACAGUGGGCACAGGAAUACAGAGACUGGCUUUUAGCUCAGUGGCGAAAUGUUCUUUUUUCGGACGAAACCAAAUAUGGUUUAAUUAGUGAUAGUCGGCGACACAGAGUUUGGAGAGGGCCAGGGCGACCAGAAAGACUAUCUUUUGCCAAAGAAGUCGUUCCAUACCAAGGAGGAACAGUAAUGUUUUGGGGAGGCAUAAUGCAUGGUCGUCGUAAGCAGCUUAUUCCCAUUUCCAAUUUUAUUUUCAUGGAUGACAAUGCUUGGCCCCAUCGCACGAGAAGGGUACAAAAUGCACUAGAAAUUCAGAAUAUUUAAAGAUUACCGUGGCCAGCAAAUUCGCCAGAUAUGAAUCCGAUUAAGCACAUGUGGGAUUUCGUUGGAAGAGCAAUCUCAAAUAGAAUUAAUCCUCCUAUCACCCUCCAGGAACUCAUAGUCGCGGCCCAAGAAAAAUGGAACAACAUACCAAUGGAUUACAUUAACACCCUUAUUGUUUCCAUGCACAGGCUAGUUAAUACCUUACUACAGAAUAGGGGAGGACACACCGAAUAUUAAU